CCUCCUCCUCCUCAUCUGCAACCACACUCGCUCUCAGCCCCGCUGCUGCAGCGCUUCUCCUUCCCUGCACGUGUGUGUUUUCAGGUUGUCAGAACCGCGAAGACGUCGCUUGACAAGCAGAGGUCUGCAGGAGCGCGUGCUCGCGGGGGGGCUCGAGAUGGCAGAGGCGGCGUGAGGAUGCGUGCAAGGCAGGUGUUGUGAUCACUGGAGUUGUGGGUGAUACCGUCGUCGUGCCGCUGUCUCCGCUCCCUCCUGCUUGUCGUGAGAGAGGACUUCAUCGCAUCCUGCUGGGAUGACCACCACCCCGGGAUCCACAGAUGGGAGCCAACGGAACUCUCUGGAGCUGGACGCGGAGCACGCACAGCGAGUUCCUGGUGCCGAGCAGGGAGGCGCCCCGAAUCCCCAGGUGAAGCUGAAAGACCGGCAGAAGUUCUUUGAGGAAGCUUUUCAGCAGGACAUGGAGCAGUACCUGUCAACAGGUUACCUCCAGAUCACAGAGAGGCGAGAGCCAAUAGGAAGCAUGUCGUCCAUGGAGGUGAACGUGGACAUGCUGGAGCAGAUGGAUCUGAUGGACAUGUCCGACCACGAGGCUCUGGAUGUGUUUUUACACUCGGGUGGAGAAGACAACAGUGCUGCCUCACCUGUUGCUGGUCCCGAUGUCGAGUCCUUCACCACCGAAAUCAGCCUCCAGGUGCCCACCCAGACGGAGCUUCGCCACAAACUCUCCUCGCUCUCCUCCACCUGCACCGACUCGGCCAGCCAGGACACGGAGGGAGGGGAGGACGAGGAGGAGGAGGAGGAGGAGCCUGAACACCAGGGAGGUGGCGGAGCGGAGGGGAGAAGGAGGAGGCGACCUCCUGUGGUGGUGACCCUGGACGAGGAGGACGUGACCCCCGACACGGCGCUGGUGGACUCCAGCAGCAGAGACUGUGAGAAGGUUCCACCCAAGGUUUGAAUGGGGACGAACCCGAGGGCCCUCAGAGCUGCCAAACUCUUGCGCCAUUAGAGUUCGGCCCCAAAUUCAGCCAGUGAGAGAGAAACUACUGCCAUGCUCUUUAAAUUUGUUCAUUCCUCAGACAUGAGUUUGACCUUCCACUGAAACACAAUUUCUAAAACAUGCUAAAAACAUUCAUCAUAAAGAGAUUUUUAUAUUGAUGCCCAAAACAUGUUUCUUUCAUUCUUUCUACUUUUGUUUAACUGCACGCUGGUGUUCAGUGUAACCUUCAACUACAGCUAAUAACAAAUAUACUAGCAAAUAUGUGCGUCUUCUCAGCGAUAUUAACAGGUAUUUUGACUUCGCUCAUCUUCUUUCCAUUCCGGCAGUCACAUGACGACUUGACUAGACCAGCGCAGCAGCGCACCACCCCCUGCUGGUCAGUAAUGGAACUACCUUUAGCAGAUAUUUCGCAUUUUAGACAAAUUACAUUAUGAAUUUAUUAGAGGCUUAGUCAUGCAUAUACUUGCACUGAUAUUACGUUAUUAUUAUUGUCCCAUGUAAUUAUACAUUUAUAUAGUUUGGGUUAAGCCUUUUUUUUACCAUCAAAUAUUUAUUUUGAUAAUUGUUUUCUAUUUUUUACACAUUAAAAUGUUUUUUUUUUUUUUUUUUCUUUUCCAUUACAUUUCCUGUUUCACUGAGUUUCUCUUUCCACUGGCAAGCCUUGGGUCUUGGGUCGCGCUGCACAAGCUCUGAUGUUCCAUGGAUACCAAGGACCAAAUCCCGCACCGGAAGAAAAACCUUUUGUACAGAAUGUUUGAGUCAUGUGACGUGACAGCUUUACUCCUCCCAGUCUUCUUCUCCUGCCUUCAACUGUCUCCUGCUCGUUGGUUUUCGAUGUCUCCCUCCACCACAACAGAACAACUCAUCCAGGAACAAAUCAAAAGGGAGGAACAGCAUUGAGGAGCAUGUCCGUUCACUCCUGGUCCAUGAGCUGGUGAGAUUCUGUGUUCCCUUCAGGCUGAGAGAGGGGGGGGGGGGAUUUUACUGUGUGUAUGCAGUCAGUUUUCUCUGAAUAAGGAAAAGCAAUACAGUGUUGAGUUGAGCGUAAAUGACACUUGACGGUUGAGCGAGUGGACGUGAGUCUGUAUUGUGAUUAUUAAACAGCCAUUCUUGGUGUCUGAGACUCCUUUCUUU